GAGCUGGUAUUUUGCGCUUCGAACGCCAAUGGCAUCCAAUCCUCUCCCCCCCCGCUCAUCCGAGCCAUUCUUCAGAAGGAAGAAUGGUCCCCGUACCCCGUGAUGUAUCUGCCGCAAAGAGAUCAAAUGACCAGUCGGAUGGAAAGGCCUCGGGAGCGAAGGCUCUACACGCCCAGCAGGGCCACACGAUCUAUCGGGUUUCCGACGCGAAUUGUUCGCGCGAACGUUGACGAACUCCAGCGACAAGCGACCGAGAUGCUGUCGGAGGGUCUCGAGGACAACUAUGGCGAGCUACAGGAGGCGUUCAGGCAGAAAACGGACACUUCGGCACCCCUGAUCAGCAAGAAAUCAGUGCUGUAUGUUAUUCAGAGACACGUUUUCUACCCCGUCCUCAAUGUUCUCAACAUCGCGAUGAAAACCACUGUUGGCGGGAAAGUAAUCUGGCCGCGCUUUGGACCCGAAGUCCAAACUAUGGAGGUCUUCAACAAUAGCGAUGAAGGAACGACCACAGUGAUUGGAUUGUACGACGUCAAAGAUCCGGAGGCAAUUCGGGUGAAAUUGUUCCCGUAUUUCGGGAAGAACGAGGGCGAAGACCUUCUCCAAGACACCGAGGACAACACCCCCAACGACCAAGAUAUCAGUCUCGCGGAAAUUGCUGCUGAAAAUGUCGAGGUCGAGGAGGAGGAGGAGGAAGACGAAGACGACGACGACGACGACAGCUCGAGCGACGAUGAUGAGAACGACCCCGAACUAAGAAACGAGGAAGUCAGGGACUGCUUCAUCGAGAAUACCAAGACUCCAACUCCCGACGGCGGAAACCUCCCGACGGCCCUCGCCUACUUGGCUCAGGAGGCAGCUGCACACGCUGCUUUGACGGGCUUGCCCGAGGUCACGAUUGGCAACGAAUGUGCCCAAAUCUUGAUGCAAUUCCCAGAAAUGGCUAGAGAGUCGACGACGAUGGCUCGAUUCGACGCUGGUCCUGGAGUUAUGCGAGUCGUGGCGAGCGAAAAGCGUGGAGAGUUCUGCCUCAACUUCUUGGGCUCCCUCUUGAGAGUCUUGAACCAGAUUCGUAAAUUACUUCACUCCAUUGUCAAUGGACAUGAUUCAAGUAUUCUGACAAAACGACAGGUGGACAGCUUUAGGGGAGAUGGGAGGGUUGGGCUGCGCAUCUUCCAUGCUUUAUGCUGGAUAGCGCUCUAGCGUGAAAGCUUCUCGGGGAGGUCUGUUGUUCAAG